UUAACGAUGUCUCACAUGUCAAAUCAAGCAAGUUCUAUCAAAGUUAGUCAGAAAAAACAAAGAGUUCAGGUUAACCUAAACCUUCCCAUUUACAUCAGUGAAGACAAAUAGCCAGAUGAUCAAUAUCCCUGAGAUAAGUCGUGAAGAAAUUCUAGAUAUCCACCAGUUUAGUGAAGAGAACCGUCAAACUGGAAAAAUGGACAAGCGGACUCAAAGCCUCGCUAAUAUCAACCCAAGGAAGAGUCAAGUCCUUAAGGAAGGCAGGAAGGAGACCUUCCUGCCUUCCUUCAGCUCUAAGACGCCUAAACUGACUCCGUUCCAGAAGAUCAAGAUGCGAAAGAUCUCUGGGCGGAAAGUCCUUAUAAACCGGAACUUUAGUUCAUACAAGAAUGUGCAGAAAUUCCCGAUUAGGAAUAAAUUUCCUAAGAAUUUAAGUAUCAAAUAAGACAAAUAAGAUGCUGAUCUCGAAGAAAGCUCAUAUCAGUGAUAGGCAAUCAACCGACAGUGGAGAGUUCCAGAUCUUGACUAAGCCGGCUGGCCGGUCUAAGUACAGCAUCUCUCGGUAUAUCAAGCAGCAGAAGGAGAAACAGACAAAGGUUGAGCCAAGAGAGGAAGCUAGUUUUGGCGAUGGCACCACUGUUAAUUUUCACAAUAUCAAAAUCCGUCGCAAAACUAGUAAUAUUUGCCCUAAUGAGAAGUCCGAGAUGGGCUCUUGUGAGGAGGAAAGGAACAGCUACGAUCAAUAUUCCUAUCGGAAUUUCCAUGAUCUUAAGAGUUAUGGACAAUCUAUUGCUGAAGUAACUAGCCGGAAUAGAGUCUCGCUCGAUUUCGACUCAAUGCCAAAUUUUAAAAACCAGAAGAGAGGGUCAGUCCAAGUCUCAAAUAAGCGUGUUAAGGUGAAGCAGAAGUCGGUAGAUUACUCUAAUUCUUCCCAGAGAUAUUUAAAAAGAGUGAGGAAUAGCAAGAAGUUAUUUAAAAGUAAGCACAGCAUCUUUGAGUACUCUGAGAAGCACGACUCCACUCAGGAAUCCCCUUCCAUUGAGAAAAGCUACUCAGAAGCAUUUAACUGGAAUACAGAAAUCAUGCAUUUCAAUGAUAAAAAGGGCCAGAACUUGAGCUUCUCUAAAGGUCCGUGUAAAUACAGCCUCCAUGAGUUCAAGAAGAGCAACGGCUCAAAUGAGCUAUCGAGUGAUGGGUCUAACCUCUUUUCUAACCUCAAGUUAAUAGGCGAUUUUCGAAGGAAGCAAGGCAAGAGUUUCUUCGUUUCUAAGAGAGCCUUUAAUUUUCAAGAUAGACGAGGAUAAUCUUGUCCUCUAAAUAUAGAUUACAAGAACUGAAAUAUCUUCCUUCUUCCUUGAUGUAUGCCCACAGCUAGGUUAUUCUUCUGUGUUGUUUGAGCCAUAAGCAAUCUUAGUUUUUCAUCUGGGCUCCAGUUGGCCUAAAUUCAAU